CAUUGAGAGUCCUCUAGACGCGCACCUCGCAGCGCCGUAGUGCGCAUACGCGGAGCGGCCCGUGAGGGCGGAAGUGGGAGCAGUGACGGGGAGGAGGGGCCGCCGCGCUUGCUGUGAGGUGGGCGAGCCGCGGACAUGGCGCCCUCCGGGAGUCUUGCAGUUCCCCUCGCAGUCCUGGUGCUGUUGCUUUGGGGUCCUCCCUGGACCCACGGGCGGCGCAGCAACGUUCGCGUUAUCACGGACGAGAACUGGAGAGAGCUGCUGGAAGGAGACUGGAUGAUAGAAUUUUAUGCCCCGUGGUGCCCUGCUUGUCAAAAUCUUCAACCAGAAUGGGAAAGUUUUGCUGAAUGGGGAGAAGAUCUUGAAGUUAAUGUUGCAAAAGUAGAUGUCACAGAGCAGCCAGGAUUGAGUGGACGGUUUAUCAUAACUGCCCUUCCUACUAUUUAUCAUUGUAAAGAUGGUGAAUUUAGGCGCUAUCAGGGUCCAAGGACUAAGAAGGACUUCAUAAACUUUAUAAGUGAUAAAGAGUGGAAGAGUAUUGAGCCUGUUUCAUCAUGGUUUGGUCCAGAUUCUGUUCUGAUGAGUAGUAUGUCAGCACUCUUUCAGCUAUCUAUGUGGAUCAGGACUUGCCAUAACUACUUUAUUGAAGACCUUGGAUUGCCAGUGUGGGGAUCAUAUACUAUUUUUGCUUUAGUAACUCUGCUUUCUGGACUGUUACUAGGACUUUGUAUGAUAUUUGUGGCAGAUUGCCUUUGUCCUUCAAAAAGGCGCAGACCACAGCCAUACCCUUCAAAAAAAUUAUCAGAAUCUGUGAAACCUUUGAAAAAAGUGGAGGAAGAACAAGAGGCAGAUGAAGAAGAUGUUUCAGAAGAAGAAGCUGAACGUAAAGAAGGAACAAACAAAGAUUUUCCACAGAAUGCCAUAAGGCAACGCUCUCUAGGUCCAUCGUCGGCCACAGAUAAAUCCUAGUUGAAUUUUAUAGUUAUCUUAAUAAUGAUUUUGAUAAAAACAGAAGAUUAAUCAUUUCAUUCGGUUUGAAGUGAACUGUGACUUGCUUGAAUAUUGCAGGGUUCAGUCUAGAUUGCUUUUAAAUUGAAGAGUCUACAUUCAGAACAUAAAAGCACUAGGUAUUACAAGUUUUAAAAAUGAUUUAAGCACAGUAUGGUGGUUUAAAUAGUUCUCUAAUUUUUGAAAAAUCGUGCCAAGCAAUAAGAUUUAUGUAUAUUUGUUUAAUAAUAACAUGUUUCAAGUCUGAGUUUUGAAAAUUUACAUUUCCCAAGUAUUGCAUUAUUAGGAUAUUUAAGAUUAUUGUAGAGAAAAAUAUUUCUCAUUUGAUAUGAUUUUUCUUGGUUUCACUGUGUGAAAAAAAGAAGAUAUUUCCCAUAAAUGGGAACUUUGCCCAUUGUCUCAAGAAAUGUGUAUUUCAGUGAUAAUUACAUGUUUUUUUUUUUUUUAGAGAUAUAUUCCAAAAUUUCCUUGUGGUUUUAGGUUAUACAACUAGUAAAAACUACCUUACCUUAAUUACAGUUUUCUACACAUGGUAAUACAUGAUAUGCUACUGAUUUAGGAAGUUUUUAAGUUCAUGGUAUUCUUUUGAUUUUCUCUUGUAUUUUUCUUAUUUACUAUGGGUUACAUUUUUUAUUUUUCAAAUUGGAUGAUAAUUUCCAGGAAAUAUUUUUUAUGUUUUAGUAAACAGUAUUUUUUUUGUUGUUUCAAACUGAAGUUUACUGAGAGAUCCAUCAAAUUGAGCUGUCUGUUGAUUAUUUAAAAUUUUGGCCACUCGUUUCAGAUUUUACAUUAUUCUUGCUGAACUUCUACUUGAAAUUGUUUUGGUUCUUUUUUUCUUUUUAUUUUUGGAUGUGAAGGUGAACAUUCCUGAUUUUUGUCUGAUGUGGAAAAACCUUGGUAUUUUACAUUUUGAAAAUUCACGGAAACUUAAUAUAAAACAAAGUUUGCAUUCUACUCAGGAAAAUGCAUCUUCUUGUAUAUGUCUUAAAUGUGUCUUUGUCCUUAUAUACAGAAAGUUCUUAAUUGAUUUUAUAGUCUGUAAUGCUUGAUAUUUUAAAAUCGUAACAUUUUAAUAUUUUUUAAAAGGCAGACUUCAUAUUCUCCUGUUCUUUCCCAACUGCUAAUGUUGUGUGGAAUUUCACAGGUAGAAAUCAACAGGCUGGAACAUUUAGUGUAUUUUUACUCCUUAGAUAGCUAGAAUACAUAGUUUUCACCUUACAAGAAGGGGGAAAAUCAUAAAUACAAUGAAUCAACUGACCAUUAUGUAGUAGAUAAUUUCUCUAAUGUCCUCUUCUUUCUAGGCUCUGUUGCUAUGUAAAUCCAUUAGACUUGCGGUAUCAUAAUAUACAAGUUUUCUUUAAAGUCCUCUCCUUUAGAAUAUAAAAUAUUAUACCAUUGAGGAGUUUGGAUGUGUAACUUGUGAUGCCUUAGAAAAAUAUCCUAAGCACAAAAUAAACUUUUCUAACCACUUCA